AUGGAGCCUAGCACACCCCGUUCAAUCAGACUUGUUGUGUUCUUCUUCAUGGUCCUGAUUGGUCUCUGGAACUUCUUCCUUAACGUUGCGGCUCGAUAUAAAGAACACCCCUUUAACCACAUAAAUGGCUUUCCACUUUGGGCUCUGAACAUUAUCACGAGCACAGUGUACGUCGCUUGCACGGUCGUCUACAUUAGCAUGACAUGGCACUAUGCCAAAGAACAUCCAUAUUGGUCGGUGUUCUCCCUCGUCCUUGCACUUCUCAUGACAGGGUCCAUGAUCUGGGCAGGUCUUGACCUGUUCGACUGGUUCGUGUGGGGCCCGCUGGUCGUGGACCUAGCCAUCAUCGUCCGCGCUGGUAUCGAAGAAGUAGCCAACAGUGUCGAGUCCGGAUUGCUGCGCAAAACCUGGAAUGGCUUUUGGGGGUACGAAACUCUACCCCCUCAGCCUCCACCGCAGCAGCAACCUCAAGACGACGCGCACGACCCUGAGCUCGGCCUUGAAGGGGCGCACCAACUCGCGAACUUGGACGCCCAACCCGGCAACAACGGUUAG